UCUCGCGCCGUGACCCCACGCUGGCUGGUUGAUGUAGAGACUGUUCACUGCAGGAAAGUAAACACUCCAAGAUGGCUCCUCAGUCCAUGUUCAGGGUGGCGGUGCUGGUGUCCUUCUCGGUCCUCCUCACCGUGGUGCUGGGCCUCGGUCUGCCCGCUCUGCUCAACGCCCUCAUGAGGACGCUGGGACUGCCGGAAACCAGCGUCACCGAGUGCAUCGUCGUGAUCUAUGCGGCGUUUGUGCUGUACGUCGCGACGCCUCGAAUCCCCAGAGGGUCGGUGGAGGUUAAAGGGAAAGCUGUGCUCAUCACUGGCUGUGACACCGGGUUCGGUCUCUCCCUCGCGAAACAUUUGCACGCGCUUGGUUUCACGGUGUUUGCUGGGUGUCUGCUGAAGGACAAAGACGGAGAGGGUGCAAAGGAGCUGGAGGAAUUCGGUUCCGAUCGCAUGAAGGUGGUCCAGCUGGACGUCUGCAGCGACGAGCAGGUGAAGGAGGCCGUGGAAUACAUCAGAGGCAACCUGGCCGACUCGCAGAGAGGCCUGUGGGCCGUGGUGAACAACGCCGGCGUGUCGACCUUCGGGGAGGUGGAGUUCACCUCCAUGGACACCUACAGGCAGGUGUCUGAGGUCAACCUGUGGGGCACCAUCAGGGUCACCAAAGCCGUCCUGCCCUUAAUCCGCAGGGCAAAAGGCCGGGUCGUCAACAUCGCCAGCAUGUACGGCCGGAUGGGCAACCGGCUGCGUUCCCCGUACUGCGUGUCCAAAUACGGCGUGGAGGCCUUCUCCGACUGCCUGCGCUACGAGAUGAAGACCUGGGGAGUGAAGGUGUCCGUGGUCGAGCCGGGGAACUACAUCGUGGCCACGGGCAUCCUCACCCGAGACACCGUGGCCACCACGGCCAACAAGCUGUGGAACGAGGCCCCCGCCGAGGUCAGGGAGGACUACGGGAAGAGCCACUUCGAGCAGUACAUGGCGCUGAUGCGCUCGUACUGCGGCAGCGGCGAGAAGGACAUGACCCCGGUUCUGGACGACAUCACGGACGCCCUGAGGUCGAAGCGGCCGUACACGCGCUACAACCCCAUGGAGCCGCACUGGUGGAUCAGGAUGCAGGUGAUGACCCACCUGCCUGGCGCCGUAUCCGACCUGCUCUACUUCUAAAAGUCCCGCUUCCUGUCUCCUGUCUCACAGUAGAUCCGUCGGCAGCGCGUCCGUUCAGAGUUAACCCAGCGUGGGGUUUCUGAUUCCUCGGCAAAUUCCUGAAAUCGUUCACUGAUUAAGCCUUAAUACUUUAUUAUUUAAAACUGUCAGCAUAAUCGCUGCAGUUUUCAGAUUUCUAAGUAGCCAUUACUUUCUGUUUGGUGUCAGCAGGGUUGCAGGGCGCUCAUAGCUAUAAACGCCGCACUUAUACCGCUUGCUGUGUUGUUUCUUUAUAUCUUUUGUUUACCGUCAUACUCUAAGAGAUGUUUUCCCUCGCGCCAAUCAUCUCGCGGGCCCCCCCCCCCGAUGGCACGGAGACAAAAAAGGGCCUGAAAGGGCUCCUGCUGGUCUGUUGUCGCACACGGCGGAACAGACCGAGGCCCGGGCCUCCGCCAGCCGCUGUGAUGUUCGCCCCAGAGUUAUGUAACAACCACACAAACCCACUUUGUCCCACACGCUGCAUGAAAACCAGCGUACGACUUCAACAUGAAGGGAUUAAUGAGGGUAUUUGAGGGUGGGGUCACUAUCCGUCUUUGUUGAUAAGGUAUUAUGUAAUAUAUUGAAUUAUGCAGAUGAACAGAGUGAUUUAUUUUAAAAUACUAGUGUCAUUUUUCAAACCCGAAUCUUUAAUAAACCAAAAGUUUUAAUCGA